UCCCAUCAUGCUCUUCGCGUGCGCUUCACAAAAAGCCAGCUGAGACCGCCGACAAGAGGGAGGGGAGCUGUACAGACGGUAGUCGUUGUUAGGAGUCGACUUUAAAUUGCAGUUGUCUGUCAAAUAAAGUGAUCGAAAAUAGAGACGGAGAACAACUAGAAAAAAGCCGCGACCAGACCGACACUCACCUCCGAAAGUGGCACCUGUUCCGACAGCCCAGUGGCAUGUUUUCCGUCGCUGCUACGUCUUCAGGGGAUCUUGCUGAUCGAGUCCGUCCUGAUCCAGUCUGCUGCACGCGGCGAUGACAACAGCCACCCCGCAGGUGAUGAGAGACCGGCUCCUUCAGGCCAUCGACAGCCAAAGCAAUGUAUGCAACAUGGUGGUGGUUAUAGAGGUGAUUUCUUUUUUGGAAACGUUUCCCAUCACCAAAGAAGUACUUGAGGAAACUCGUCUCGGAAAGCUAAUCAAUGAUGUCCGAAAGAAAACUAGGAAUGCAGAUCUUGCAAAGAGAGCUAAGAAUCUUCUACGGAACUGGCAGAAGCUCAUUGAGCCAGGAAAGGGGGAAUCUCCAUCUAAAGGACUUUCUGCUACAUCCUGGUCUUUCAAGGGUGCCUCUUAUCCCUCCCUCGCUGCUCCAGGAACCAUCUCGCCAUCUGGUAAAACAGGCCAAGAGUUAAAAAGUAGAAAUGACUUUAAUAACUGUUCUCCUGGAUUGGGAAAACAAAGGAAAAGGAAACAUGUGGGUGACCAGAAGAGGACGGAGCUUUUACCACCCAAGAUGGUCCAGAAUACUCUUUCUGAUAAAACUGAAAACUCUGAAAAAGUGCUCACCAACAGACUAGAUGAGACUGCGGACCCUGGAAGAAACAUGCAUGUGCAUUGUGCUUUACACAGUGAGGUUCCUGAAGCUCUGGAUAACAAAAAAGUAAACAAAAUUCCUGUACAUGCUGUGAAACCAAAUGCUGCUGGAUGCAUCAAGUCUCCAAAGACGACUUCUUUGCAGAGUAAAUCAGUUCUCCAAAACCCAGGAGGGCAGGAUGAGGCUCUGUCUGUGGGGCAACCUAAAGACCCUAGCCACUCUUUGUACAAUCAUCAAACUCCUGAACCAGAAGCUUUCGUGAAACAAACUUUAACCCAAACACAGAAUAAUCCCAAUUCAAGUUUCACUGGGAUUAUUGACAGUUCUGAUGUUAAGGUGUCUGCUCAGCCGUUCAGUAUUAAGGAUUCUUCACAUUUGGGUUCUCAAAAAAGCACAUUUUUUCAUAACUUGGCUGCCUCCUCUUGCAACAAAGCAAUCAGUUUAUUGGAGGAUGAUCCUAUUAUCAAUACAGGGAAGAAAAAAAGGCAAAAAUACAGGCCUAAAAAUUACAUUGUUAAUUUAGAUGGACACAACGUUGAAGACAGCAGCAAAACAGUCAAAUUAAAAGACAGAAGUCUCACGUUUAAUCCGCUUACAGGACAAAUCACACCCACCUGUCAAAAAGACUCAUUGCAGAAGGAAGAUUUCACUCAAACCCAUAGAAGUGAGCUGCAGCAGUCAGAAGAGCUGAAGCUGAACGCACUGAUAACUUCUAAUCCUUAUCGGCAGACAGACUGGAAAGCAUUAUCAAGGAGUGAAAUAAUCCAGUCCUACCUCUGCCAACAAAGCAACGUUCUGACGUCAUCAGACACCCACAUUCCUGGAGCACAUUUCUUCAUGACAGAAUUACUGAAGAAAGAGGAGCACUGCACUAAAGAUACAAAGAAAUGUCACACAUUGAUUUCCGAUGACCCACCCAAAGAUUUACCUGGAGUCAGCAGAGAAAUCUGUAAAGAAGAUUUGAGUAGAUUACAGACCCAACAUUGGUCAGGGGUUAAUGGUUGCUAUGACACAAGGGGUAACUGGUAUGACUGGACUGAGUGCAUCUCCUUAGAUCCAAGUGACAAUGAGAGCAAAUUGAAUAUUUUGCCCUAUGUUUGUCUGGAUUAAAGUUGGACAUCAUGCUUUUUUAGCGUGUAAAAAGCCUUUACUGUGAAGUUAAAAGAUUUUGCAAAAGUAUUUCUGGCCCAUGUUUGCUGCUUUUUAUAAUUUGUUGUUUGAAAUUAAGAAAUUGUCCUUCUUGCCUCUGUGUUUUUGGAGCACUGACCGCAUGGGCAUGGUUUUUGUGAAGAUUCUUUUAGAAUUGUUUGAAUGACACAAAAAAUAGAUUUUACUAAACAUUUCAUUUGUAAAUAUUGUACUGUUUAAUAAUAACUUUUACAAAUUUCUUGAAGGAAGCACAAAAUAAAUGGCUCUAAUCAAUAAAAAAAGCUAAAUAACAA